AUGCUUGCCAAACUUCUCAUCAUUCUAGUAUUCCAUGAUCUCAUGGAUACAGCAGUUGUAUUCCGUAGAGUGUGCAGUUACUGCCGUGACAAAGAGGUGUAUCAGCAUGGCCACAAUUACGUUGGCUUCUAUCAAAAACAGAAUACUGGUCCUUUAGAAGGUUAUCCUUGCGCUAAGGAUCUAGGAAAACUGAUGAAAUGUUCCACUUCUUGUGUACAAGCCCAAAUCAUUCAAAAGGACACGGGGGAAACUUUCACUUAUCGUGACUGUGGCACAUAUUUGCUUCAAGAGUUUGGUCAUGAAAAAAUUAACCUUUCUUACACACAAUACGCAAUGAUCUUGUCUGAUGUUGACGAUGAAGGCAAUACGUGGGUGUUCAAAUUCUGCAACAAGGAGAAGUGCUUACAACCAUCGGACUACAACAUUUAUAACGAAGAAACCGAAAAAGGUAAAAUGGUCGUUGAAGUCGAUGCAAAUGAGAAACCGUGCCCUGAGCAGGGUAGGUGA